AUGCCGAAAUCGACGAUUGCAAGAUGCGCGGCAACUCUCACCAAUCUAAUAUUUCUCGCAUGUGCUCUAGCCCUCCUAGCAACCACCCUUUUUGCGGCGUUUAAUGCACCGAAGCCUGUUGUAUCGCCAGAACGAGUCAGUGUCUAUCCUCAGUACAUAAUAACUCUUCUACUCGUCGGAUGUUAUGCAGCAGCUCUAUCAAUUUUAUCUCUGCUCGGCCUCGUUUCUCUAUGCUUCCUCAACUCAUUUUUGCUUUUCUUGUAUAUACUUGGACAAGCCGCAAUGAUUGGAGCUCUUCUGAUAUCAAUCGCAUUUACGUUGACAGUUCGAAAACGACUUCAUUAUAAAUUAGAAGAAAGUUGGCGGGGUAAACCGACUUGUUUGGAGGGAGAAACCUGCACACCAGUAGAGACAUUCCGGAGAUCAGAGAGCAUUCUAAUAUUCUGUUUGCUCGGAUUUUUGGUUCUUCAGAUAAUCCAUAUUUGCACUUGCUGGUAUUUGUGCGAACGUCGUUCAAAUCAAGAAAAGUACAAACUGCAAUUGCAAAGAGCCGAUGAAGAUGAUGAAUAA